AUGGAGUCGCAAUCUUCAAGAUCCGAAUCACGAACCGACCCUCUUCACAACCCAUCCAUCAAAAACCCGUUAGACGGACUCUGCCACGACCUCCACUCCCUCCAAGACCUAGCCAACCGCGGCGCGUGGCGUUCCAUUAUCGACAAAGUCUCACGCGCCAGAGCCCUCUCUCUUCUCCAAAAACCUCACGACCACCUCACCUAUCUCGCCUUCAACGCCCUCGCAUUCACCAAACUACGUCGUUUCAAUGAAGCUUCUUCCGAACUCGAUUCUGUCGAAGAUCUCGAUAGUUCACAUUACCAAUACGAAACUUAUCCUAAAAUCUACCCUAAUCGUGUCGGAUCUAUGGUUCCUUUCUCCCUCCGGUGGCUCCACGCCCUAAUUCCGAUCAAAUUAGGUCAACGACAACAAGGAAUAGAUCGGUUAUACGGUCUCCUCGAUUUCGUGCGUGAGAAGAUUACUACCAAGGAAAACAACAAUCUAAGCGAUUCAGUUCGUGUAUGGAGAAAAAGAGAGGUUUUUGUUGUGAAUUGUAUAAUUGGUCACCAUUUGAGUCACAAAGAGUUUGGUGUUUGUUUAAGCUUGAUGAAAAGUUUACUCUCUCGCAAUUCUUCCGAUCCAUAUUUGAUUUCGCAACUUGGGUAUAUUCAAUUACAAACUGGUGACUUGGAAGGUGCGAAAGCUUCGUUUUUGAAAGCUGAAGUUGAUGGGAAGAACAAUGGGACGUUGAGUGAGGUCGAGUUUAUGAAUCUUGUGAAUAGAAACAAGGCUUUGGUGUAUAUGGUUGGGAAGGAUUAUGUAUCUGCGGUGAGGGAGUAUGAAGAGUGCAUUGUAAGGGAUCAUACUGAUAUAGUGGCUUUUAACAAUAAAGCUCUUUGUUUGAUGUAUUUGAGGGAUUUGUCGGAUUCAAUCAAGGUGUUGGAAAAUGCUCUUGAAAGGGUUCCUACGGUUGCGCUCAAUGAGACACUGGUUGUUAAUUUGUGUAGUAUGUAUGAGUUGGCUUAUGUUAAUCACUCGGAUAUUAAGAGAACGCUUAGUAGUUGGAUUGCUCGUGUUGCUCCUGAUGAUUUUGAUGCGACGUGUACGCGAACAUGA